CGCCCUCACCACACGAUGGCUUCGGCCCUCUUCUUCCUCGACCUCAAGGGCAAGGUACACAUCAAUAGACAGCUCCUGCCACAAGCGCACCCUAACAGUACGACAGNNACCCUUCUGGCGCGCAACUACCGCGGUGACAUCCCCAUGAGCGCCGUCGACAAGUUUCCCGUCCUCUUAUCCGAAGCCGAAGAAGAGAGUUCGGCCGUCNCCNCCUGCUUCAGCGACGAAGGCAUCAACUACCUCUACAUCCGUCACAACAACCUCUACCUUCUCGCCCUCACAAAGCGCAACUCCAACGCCGCCGAGAUACUACUCUUUCUUCACAAAAUCGUCGAGGUCUUUACCGAGUACUUUAAAGAGCUGGAAGAGGAGAGUAUUCGUGACAACUUUGUCGUCAUUUACGAAUUGCUCGACGAAAUGAUGGAUUUUGGACACCCUCAGACGACAGAAAGCAAGAUUUUGCAAGAAUACAUUACUCAGGAAUCACACAAGCUGGAAGUGCAGGCACGACCACCCAUCGCAGUCACAAACGCCGUCUCGUGGCGUUCAGAAGGCAUCCGCUACCGCAAGAACGAGGUCUUCCUCGACGUGGUCGAGUCUCUCAACCUGCUCGUCUCAUCUACCGGAAACGUCCUACGCUCAGAAAUCCUUGGUGCCAUCAAGAUGAAGUGUUAUCUGUCUGGUAUGCCCGAGCUGCGUCUAGGUCUCAACGACAAGGCCAUGUUCGAAACCACUGGCCGCGCAACUCGCGGCAAGGCGGUCGAGAUGGAGGAUGUCAAGUUCCACCAGUGCGUCCGCCUAUCACGAUUCGAGAACGACCGUACAAUCAGCUUCAUCCCUCCGGACGGUGAGUUCGAGCUCAUGAGCUAUCGUCUCAACACCCAGGUCAAGCCUCUUAUCUGGGUCGAGUGUAUUGUUGAGAACCACUCUGGCAGUCGUAUUGAAUACAUGCUCAAGGCAAAAGCACAAUUCAAGCGCCGCUCUACCGCCAACAAUGUCGAAAUCUCUAUUCCUGUACCAGAAGACGCCGACACACCACGCUUCAGGACGAAUAUUGGCUCAGUGCACUAUGCUCCUGAGCAGAGUGCUAUUGUCUGGAAGAUCAAACAGUUUGGUGGUGGCAAGGAGUUCUUGAUGCGUGCUGAGCUGGGCUUGCCAUCAGUACGUGGUGAUGAUGAGAAGGGCGGUGGUAUGAUGGGUGGCUUUGGUGGCAGUAUGGGUGGCGUUGGCGACCACACGCAAUCAUGA